AUGUCAAAUAAAAACGUUUUAAUCGUUGGUUGUGGUAUUGUUGGUACUUCAACUGCCUACUUCCUAUCACAGUCUCAGGAUCCAGCUCACAUCACUAUCAUCGAUUCCUCAGGCAUUGCACCCGGUGCCUCAGGAAAAGCAGGUGGUUUCAUUGCUGCCGAUUGGAAUGGCCCUGAUUCAAAUUCAUUAUCUCAAUUGAGCUGGCGUAUACACCAAGAUCUCGCUGACAAGUUGGACGGUCCACGCAACUGGGGUUAUCGCAGAGUAACAGCACUCAACUUAUCUGCAGAAAUUGGUCAUCGAAAAUGCCCUCAAUAUGAACACAAGAAGUUUGGUACAAAUUGGGUUGAUCCGAAUGUGAUUGUCUCCGAGUGCAAUUUGCUAGGAUCACCGAAUAUGUGUGCACAGGUGAAUCCGCGUCCGUUAGUGGAAAUGUUAUUAGCACAAUCAAAAGCCACCUUCGUCAAAGCCCACUUGAUAUCGAUUGAAAGAAACCAAGACAAGGAGAAUAGACCAAGAUCAGCAACUGUCUCAGAUGGUGAAAAUGAGUGGCAGAUUGAGUGUGACCAUGUCGUAUUCGCCACUGGUCCAUGGACAGGCAAAUUAGCAGCUGACACACUCACACGUGAAGAAUCAAACAUUGCACGCGUCGAUGGCCAACGCAUUCACUCCAUUAUCCUCCAGCCACCGAGCCAGCUGCAUAUGUCAGCCCACUGUUUAUUUGUCAAUCUACUAGUCCGCGGCCAUCAGCCAUCAGAGCCAGAGCUGUUUGCUAGGCCAGAUGGUACGGCGUUUGUAUGUGGCAGUGCAGAUGACGCCAGGCUACCGAAUACGGCGGCGGAGGUUGAGGUAGAUGCAGCCAGCAUCGCCCAGCUCAAGAAGGAAGCCGCACUUAUCUCCCCACAACACUUCUCUACAUACCAAGGUAGCCUGACUGAGGUAGUCGCCGAACAAGCCUGCUAUAUGCCAAUACCUACUGGUAGCUCAAGCAAUCCACUUAUAGGGACCAUCUCACCGGGCAUUCACGUCGGCGCUGGACAUAGCGUGUGGGGUAUUUUAUUAGGCCCUGCUACAGGCAAAGUACUCGCUGAUAUUAUCACAGAGUGUAAAUUGUCGGCAGAUAUUAGUAGACUUACUCCAGAUGCUAUUCGCAACCCAAUACCUCAAGCAGAGCACUUUUACUAG